AUGUCAGCAAAACAUUAUCUCGACCCUCAGAACGCAGCUUUUGCCGAAGCUUCCUCCAAGGAACCUUUGCCUCAUGUCCUCGGGUAUGUCAAGGCACAUGAGGCUAUGGAAGAGCUGCAGUCGCAAGAACCAGCAUCUGAUAUCGACACAAAAAUAAUUCAAGUGCCUUUCGAAGACGUAUCAACCAAGGUAGUAAUAUUCAGACCUAAGUCUGCAUCAGGGCCGUGUCCUAUCGUGUAUUAUACCCAUGGCGGUGGUUGGAUAUUGGGAAGUCCUAAGUCAUUUGCGCCGCUGAUGGAGGACUUGGUCCGUCAAACAGGGGCGGCCGUAGUGUUUCCCGACUAUUCACUCGCCCCUGGGAAGCAAUAUCCAUUCCAAUUCGAACAAACAUAUGCCGUUCUGGAUCACUUUGUUUGCGAAGGAAACAAGUAUAACCUCCUAACCGAUCGGGUUGUACUCGCUGGAGACAGCGUUGGGGGGCACUUCGUCAUUGGGCUAAUGCAAAUGUCCCUGGAACGAAACCUAUCGACCAACAUCGUACAAUUGGUGAUAUUCAAUCCUGUCACAGAUACCCAUAUGAAGAUGCCUUCAUAUGAGAUUUACAAAGACGCCCCGUUGCUAACUGCCGGCGAUAUGGAUUGGAUGAUCAAUGCAUGCUUGCCCAACAAAAAAGACCGCGAAAAUGCGCGAACCUCUCCCCUAUCAUUUGCGUCGGAUGACGUGCUGGCCAAAUUUCCGCCAACAAUCAUCGUUCUCUCAGAUGUCGAUCCUCUUCUGGACGAGGGCAGAGCUUUUGGCCACCGACUUCAAAAAGCAGGUGUGGACUGUGCUAUCAUCAAAGCCGAAGGACAAAUGCACGCACAUUUCGUGGUAAUCACCCUAAGAAACAAUGCAACUGCUCGAGCUAUAGUUGAGCUUAGUGCUUUGAAGAUCCGCAGGGCCCUUGCCCCUCUCAAAUCAUCGUGA